AUUUGCACUGACCUGUGAAAGUAGAGUCAUAUCCCUGUGUGGAAAUAUACUUGAUGUGUGUACUACGCACAUUAUGUAAAAGUAACGUUCAGCUCCAGUGUGGAAAUAACACUUAAUAUCUUAUGAAAGUGAAAUCCCUGUGUGGAGGUAAUACUUAUCUGGUUGUUCCGUGAAAUUAAGUAUUUGUGUGGAAAGGUUUGACCUGUGCAUUGUGAGAAAGUAGUUUAGUGCUUGUGUGGAAAUAUUAUUGAGCCUAUGUACCCUGAGAAUCUAAAGUGUGGGAUGGAAAUAAUGCCUCUAGUACAGAGACUUUCUGUUGUUGCCCAUACCAGCUUGUGCUGUGCAGAGACUUUUCCCGUUGUGCAGAGCAGCUAAUAAAUCGGUUUUACUGAUUCUGCAGUUUGCUUCCUGUAUUUGGAUCCUGUUCUGUGAACAAACUGUGACAAGCUUUUGUUCUUGUGGCAUCCAUUGUAGAAAAACACUUUCCUGAGUCUUAAAAUAUUUAAAUCUCUGCAAUGAUAGCACAGUUUUCCUUCCAUGGUAAUACUUGAUUCAGAAGGAGGCAGGAUGGACUACAUGUUUAAUCCUAAAUGUAAUAUCACCUGAGCGAUGCCUAGAUCUGGAGGAGAACCAUGCAUCAAGGCUGAAGCCGGUUGGAUGACAUUUGAAGUAAUAAUUGUUGUAGAGUGGAUGACCAAAGUAAACUGUGACUACAAAGACACAACUGUCUGUAAUUCGUCGGUACAGAAACCAUCCCCAGGCUGUGAUGCACGGCCUCACAACACAACAUGGAGAAUCAAGAAGUUGGACCCAAUUUCUAGUUGUAAAGUCUUGUUUGUUUUCCUUAUUGUCACCACAUGGCAUUUUAAUGUAUAAUUAGCUGCAAGUGUUAUAACCCACACAACCACCCUGAGUGUUAUCAAAUAUUUUGAAUAAGGAUGGUGAUGUGUAGUUUGUGUUAUAUAAUUGUCUCAGAUGACCCUCUAGUGGCUAAACAUAAGUAGGUAGAGUAGCUUUAAGUUACAGUAUCCAAUCUCUGCUCAUUCUGCUUUUGGGAAUCAAAACACUAUACAUUUUUACAUCUUAACAGCCUUUACUGAGAAGAAUGUUUAAGAGCAAAUCGAGCCCGGUUACACUCGGUUCAUGAAAUCCAGGACUCCUCUUCACGCCCCAUUUGUUUUAAGACUGAUUGAGAAACGUACUAUUUGGAUAAUUGACAGGAUAUUAAACAGUGGAAGCUGUGACAUGCGGAGGAUGUUCCCCUCUAGACUCUUUAGUAUCGAUUGAUCCACAGAGCAAAGCAGCAGCUUCCAGAGCUGAGCUGGAAUGAAUGAGGUAUCUGUCUGUCCAACUCAUCAUCUUCCACAGCCUCGGUAGGCAUCGGUACAGUCUCCUGUCCUUACUCAGGAGAUGGGAGGGAUGUGCUUUGUAUGAAUCACGCUGUCCACCCUGCUCAGACAGCGCUGCCUCUCCUCCCGGUCGCCCUCCGCAGGCCUGCUCCUCUCUGCUGCAGAGAGGGGCUUCGUGACGUCAGCCGAGGCUGGAGCGGAGAAAAUGGGGAGACGACUGCGAGGAUCUCAGGCAGGGGAACUAUGAAAGAUGAAGUGAAAUGACCAGAUGAAUGUUGCCACCGUGUGUGGUCAUGUGACUGAGCCAGACUCUUCCACGUGGGAUUUUUCUUCCUCCUGACUUUCUGUAGCUGCCCUGUUUUCACCAUGAGAGGAUCUGUCAGGUGCUUGACCUCUGUGCCCUCAUACUGGCGCUGCUGCUGUUGUGCUUCGUGAGCACCCCCUCUCCCCAGGCAGCUGCUGCACGGAAUGGCCUCUCUGGACCUGCCAUACCGCUGUCCUCGCUGCGGGGAGCACAAGCGCUUCCGAAGCCUCUCGUCCUUGCGUGCACACCUGGAGUACAACCACACUUACGAGACCCUCUACGUCCUCUCCAAGUCCAACAGUGUAUGUGACGCUGCUGCUCUGCUACCCCUAGUGGCUGAGGGAGCUCUCCUCACGCCUGCAAACAAAAACGACCCUUUUGAGCCACUGCGCCCUUCAGCUUUAAAGGAGCGGCAUUUCCCUUGCCGUGAGCUUCCUUGUGCGGAUGACCUGAGUUUGACCCCGGCCAACUCUAGCACUUCAGCUCGGUAUAUUCCCAAUGUGGAGUUUCCCCUGGGGGACAUUUUUAUGAAGAAAGCCAUGACAUCCACAGACCCGGGCCCCCAUGGAAACCCCAGCACUGCUGUAGCAGUGGCUGCUAGUGCAGUGGAGGCGGCCUAUGAGGAAGGUCUGGCCAGACUUAAGGCGCGGGCGUUUGAAAGGCUGGAGCUGGAGGAGGGGCUGGAGAAGCUGUCUGAAGAGGUGGAGCAGAAAAUUGCAGCCCGUGUAGGCCGUCUUCAGGCAGAGCUGGAGAGGAAGAGCUCCGAGCUGGAGCGGGCCAAGCAGGAGAGCGAGCGGCUGAGCCAGGAGAAACAAGACCUGGAGAACAAGGCGUCUGAGCUCUCUCGGCAGGUGGACGUCUCUGUGGAAAUGCUAGCUAACCUCAAACAGGAUCUGGUGAACAAAGAGGCAGAGCUCAACCACAAACAGCAGGAGGUCGCCCAGAUUGACCAGUUCCUUCAGGAGACGGCUGCACGGGAAGCCAACGCCAAGAUGCGUCUGCAGCAGUUCAUCGAGGAGCUGCUGGACCGAGCCGACCGCGCAGAAAAACAGCUGCAGAUCAUCAGCAGCUGUGGCACCACACCAAACGGCAGCCUGGGACGCUGCAGCCUCCAGGCCUCGAAGGGCAACGGGCGUCAGAGGAACUCCAGCCUCUCUGGUAGCACAAGUGCAUCAGGGAGGAUAAAGUCUGUCUCACAGGGCUCUGGAGGUUAUGACAGCGACAGUGUUGAGAUGCAUCCCAUGGAGGAUUGUCCCGAGGCUCAGUACUAUCACAUGCAGUGCAGGCUGGGUGAGGGGGGUUAUGAGCGCUCCCCUGGGUGUGGUGGCGGCGGCUCAAGAAACUGGGGUCUCCGUAAACAGGCCAUCCAAAACUGGCAGCGACGACCUUAUAGGAACAGCACAGAAGGCGAGGAAGGAGACGUGUCAGAUGUGGGCUCCCGGACCACUGAAUCUGAAGUGGAGAUGUGGGAACAAGAGAGGAGAGCCGUGGCUGAAGUCCAGCAGUCUUCUGCACCCUAUCGUCACUAUGGCAGGGCAGGAUACCGCCCUAACACAGGUCGGUCGGAAGGGGUCUACACCAAGCCGUGCUGCCAUGAAAAGAGUCCGUCCAAAUCCAACGAGGUGAUCAGUCCGGAGAUUCUGAAGAUGCGUGCAGCUCUCUUCUGCAUCUUCACCUACCUGGACACUAAAACCCUGCUGAGAGCUGCCGAGGUCUGCCGCGACUGGAAGUUUGUGGCUCGCCACCCGGCUGUGUGGACCAGAGUGCUUCUGGAAAACGCUCGCAUUUCUUCCAAGCUACUGAGCACAUUAUCACAGUGGUGCACUCAGACACACUCCCUCAUCCUGCAAAACCUCAAACCAAGACAGCGAGGCAAGAAGGAGACCAAGGAGGACUACCUUAAAAGCACACGUGGCUGUCUGGAGGAGGGUCUGGAGGGGCUGCUGAAGGCCACAGGAAGUAAUCUGCUAAUACUGAAGAUUUCACACUGCCCCAACCUGCUGACUGAUCGCUCCCUCUGGCUGGCCAGCUGCUACUGCCGAGCUCUGCAGGCUGUAACCUACAGAAGUGCCACAGACCCAGUGGGCCAGGAGGUGAUCUGGGCCCUUGGAGCAGGUUGUAGAGACAUCAUUUCCCUGCAGGUGGCGCCCCUGCACCCAUGCCAACAGCCAGCUCGUUUCAGUAACCGAUGUCUACAGACUAUUGGAAGAUGCUGGCCACACCUCCGCGCUCUCGGUGUAGGAGGAGCUGGAUGUGGCAUUCAGGGACUGGCCUCCCUGGCGAGGAACUGCAUGCGUCUCCAGGUGCUGGAGUUGGACCAUGUGAGUGAAAUCAACCAGGAGGUGGCAGCAGAGGUUUGCAGAGAGGGCCUGAAGGGUCUGGAGAUGCUGGUGCUCACUUCAACACCAGUCACCCCGAAAGCCCUGCUUCACUUCAAUAGUGUUUGCCGCAACCUGAAGUCCAUUGUGGUUCAGAUCAGUAUAGAAGACUACUUUGAGGACCCCAACAGUCCUGAAGCUAGAAAACUGUUUGACGAGAUGGUUAACAAGUUGCAGGCUCUGAAGAAGAGACCUGGCUUCUCAAAAAUCCUUCAUGUGAAAGCAGACAGUCUCUGCUAACAUCAUUUGUGCACAUUCUUCAAGUCUUGGGAGAGGUAACAUCUUGGCUUCAGUCAAUCCAAAACAAAGGUCCAUGUGCAUCUGCAGCACCAACUGAAACAACAGAAGAGAUUGCCAUGAUGAGCCAGGGCUGGGCUCAAUAUGCAUACUGCACAAGUACAAACUCGAAAUCGAUAUCUCCGUAGUGUUGGUUGUAACAGAAAGUGAGGUGAGGAGGCUUAUUUGAACUAACAAUGCCACUCUAUACAGUAUGAGAUGAAGGGCCUGUUUUAAACUUGACAGACUCAACCCAAUAAAACUGUCAGGUCCUUCUUUCUAAGACGUGUUCUGCUUUCACCAUUAAAACGGAUCAUGUCAUCGCACAGAGCCAGAUCCUUUCUUGAAACACCCGGAGCCGGGUGACAGCACUGUAUUUUAACUGUCUGCAUCUCCAUAAUGCUUGACAUAAAAACCUGAGGCUGCCUUCAACACCAGUAGCUUGUGGGCAGGAGCACAUUAAAGCAUACAUACUGUACUUCUCGCAGAGAAGAACAUUAAAUGGUGGUAAGUUUAAGAAAUUGUAGUGAGACUGAUCUUGAGUCUCCAGAAAGAGUCAGGAGCUUUGUCCAUGUGUGCCUGGGUGAGUGAAUGCAUAAAUAGACUAUUUGAGAAUUGAAUAAACGGUUUUCACCCAGCCUGCCCCGGUCUACUGCAUGUUGAAACUGGACAAUGGAUAAUAUUUAUUGCUUCCACCCAGAACAGGACCGUUGUUGCACCAGCUCCAGGUGCAGCAGUGAGAGCAAGGACAGCCUCCCCCAACACACAGACCUUGACAGUCUUCUAUGUGCUGCAUGGCAACGAUGCAUUUAGCCUCAUCUACCAUCUUCUGCUUCCUCAUGUGAUCAAGAUCGUGUCACAAACCUGGACUCAGUAUUUUGUUGUAGGAUCACUAAACCUGUUAAGAGGACAAGAUGCAAUACCUGAUCUGCUUCAACACAGCUAGAUGAUCUGUGAUGCAUUUCUCUCACAGACUGGUGCCAUUUAUAUCAGUGUCUGUCCUCACUCCAGUGAGCAUUUCCUCCAAUGUGCCAUUAAUGUCGGAAGAGGGACCAUGUAAUGCAGAUCUUUAUUCUCGUCAAAUCAAGGUAACUUAUUGGAGUUGGAUUUGAGUGGAAGCAGCUCUUACUCAACAUAAGGAUUUGUAUUUCCUACAGAAUAUGGUCUCCAGUUGUCAAGUGGUGUUAUAGUGUUUAGAUAUCUUCAGUGAUUCAUACUUAACCAUACUAAAUAGUGCCAUUGUUCAUUCAUAGGGCUCAUCAUGGUUGAGUCCCUGUACAGUACUAAUUUAUACUGCUCAUUUGACAUCCUGUGGCUCCCUCUGCUGGUGGUUUCAGGUGGUUACACAGCUGACAGCCAAACUCAAAAGCAAGAGGUGAAGUCUCCAGUCCCACCUUCAAAUUGGCGCAGUCCUUGGAUUAGCUUAGUGUAUGUUGCAGCAAUUCCAAGAAUUCCCACCAAAAUCAAUCAUGAGAAGCACUCGGCCUGUGAAAACAGUUGUAUGUCUUAUGUGGCUCAGAAGGAGUUUUGACAAGUCUGUGAAAAAUAAUCCUGAUGAUGUAAUCAGGGUUGUUUCUGCUUGGAGAUUACAAAUUUACCAGUGUUACUGCUGGUACGUGUGGAGUUUGAAAGAGGCAGGUGUUUACAAGGCAGGGAGGGUCAAACAAAGAAUAAACGGAAGGGUAAGAUUCACUGUUUUUGUAGCUUGACCUAAACUAUGGACCAAAAUUUAGGAUUUCUCAUAUGCUGUAUUGAUUUUGAAAUCUCUCACCCACAUGUCCCUCAACUUUAUGAAAGUGCAAUACUAAAUCUCUGGAGUACUCUUUUAAACAGAACUCCUACUAAACAAUCACUUUGAUUUUAAGAACCUGUGAAUACACUUUUGAAACAGGUUUAAGAAUUAACAUUGACGCAGGUUUCUUAAUAAGUUGCGCAGUUCAUUUGUUUCUACAACAGACCUUAAUGUGUUAAGGGUCGAUUGUGCAUCAGAGCAAGGUGACCGUUUACAGUAAUGCCAAGCAGGGGUUUGCCAUGUGGGCUUUUCGGUCAGUAAUGUUUGAAGACACGUGGCUCCAUAUUGUCCUGUAGUAAUGAUAUUCCAGGUCAAUAUGUGAGAAUAGUUGUGGAUGUCCAUUACUUCAUGUUCUUCCAGUACUGCAUAUUAUUAUCCUGCACUGGUACUGAUUGUCUGCUCAGUUUCAUUGAGGAAAAUGGGUUUCUGGGCAAAUGUCACAAUAGAGAAAACACAAAAAGCACUUGUUGAUUUUGAGUUUUAGACAAUCUUGCCUUCACUAUCAACUAUUCUGUACAUACUGUUUGUUUAAAAAAAAAAAAAAAAAAA